CAUAGCAACAAAAAUGACAACACCGCUUGCUAAGAUUGUUCGUUGUUUUGUGUUUGUUUUGAAUUCGAAAUUUGAACAGAAAUCGCGAAAUGUUCGGUCGAAUUUUCCACAAUCGAACUUGUUUAGCGUUAGCCCAUAAAGUUAAAGCGUUCGCGAACAGUCGUCGACAGUGUCUUUCCAACAAGUGUUGUCAUGAAGAAACAAAAAUCAUCAGCAAAACGCCUACUCCGGCGAAAGAGCUCUUGCAUCCACCGUACGUGAGCCUCUACGGUGAUUGGCCGGCGGAUGAUCAAACUCGGUUUCUGGCCGAUAUGACCGUCAUAACGGACUUCAUCACGGAAGCGGAAGAGCACGCAAUGCUAGAGGAACUGGAACCGGUGCUGAAGCGCAUUCGCUAUGAGGUAGACCACUGGGACGAUGCAAUUCAUGGCUACCGGGAAACGGAGCGUAAGCACUGGUUUCCAGCUAAUCGGGUAAUCCUUGAUAGGGUAAAGGACAUUGCCUUCGAGGGUGAAACUUUACCCUAUGUUCACGUGUUAGAUUUGACCAAGGAGGGAGUCAUUAAACCACACGUGGAUAGCGUUAGAUUCUGUGGGACGACAAUCGCAGGGCUCAGUCUGCUUACCGAUUCCGUUAUGAGACUCGUCAGAACGAACGACGAGGAGCAAACCAAUGAGGAUUAUCGGCAAAUUUUUGCCUCCAGUAGAGAGGAUAAGUUUUGGGCGGAUGUUUUGCUUUCCCGCAGAUCACUUUACGUAAUGAAAGAUCACGCCCGAUACAAAUUUACCCACGAAAUACUGGUUGGAGAUGAGUCGAUUUUUAAGGGACGCAAAAUAGAGAAAGAACGUCGAGUGUCUGUCAUUUGCAGGAACGAAGCAUAAUGACUGUCCAUCAUAGUAUUAUUCGAAUUUGUAAAUAAAACUGUUAACUAUUUUAA